AUGGCCCGACGAACACAAUCACGCUUUAUUUUUGAGGUCGUGGAAAACUCGCGUAUUUUUCGACAUCAAUUUUUCGUGAACGGUUCAAGGAGAGCGGAAUGUAACACCUGUGAAAAUCAUGUGCCAGUCAGCGAACCGUACAAUCAUCACUGGCGAAACGAUAUUAAAAACCAGAAAAGCUACUAUAUUCAGAUGGGCUUACCGGAAAAACAGAUCCUUAAAACGAUCGAGGAUCAGGCCAUCGAAGAGUUUAUCUUAUGCGACGGAAGCAUAGCAGCCAGGACCAACGACUUUCUUUUGGAUGCAGGAAUGGAUGCAGUCCCUCAAUUGCUAAGAUUCCUAAGUUUUGGAACUGAGAAACUGGAGGCUACCGUAGGGUUCUAUGUGGAUGUGAAAAAGGAGCGCAUGUACUACGAAAGCAGUCCUAUAAAUAUUGAAAAUCAUUUGGAUAUUGGCGAAGCGGUGGAUAUGAUAUUCUCCAUGCUGCUGGAAAAGAUAAGCAACUAUGUGCUGCUCCAUCAUAGGGUUCCACUGGAGGCGUGUGUUAUCAGAAGGAUGAAGGUGACUGUGAAGAGAUUUUGCCACUCCCCGAAGGCCAAUUCCUUCUCUGUUUCCAAAAUUCCUCUACAAUAUCGAGUAAAAAAUGCUGCUGAAUGUUUUGAAAGCGCAAAUAAUAAAUCAUCCGUCGAAUUGGCCAAGCUUGCCGAAACUUAUCUUAAUCAAAAGGAUCAAGGACGACCUAUUCCCGCCACUCUCAAAGUAAAUCUCUACAUCUUUCGGGUUUGCAACACCUCUAAGGAACUGUAUGCUGUACCCUAUUUACUUCAUGGAGAAGAUGUGGAAAACACGCCCACCUUUAUCAUUCAAACGGAUGUCGUGGGUGGAUUUCAGGGCCUGCUUGAAAUCCAAAAUAUAAGAAAGUUUCUGCGGGAAGAUACCAAAGAUCGGGUAUUCGAAUGUCGCCAAUGCCAGUCCCACUUUGUGGACCGGGUGCAUUUGGCCCUCCAUAAACAGAUCUCCUGUGGGCGAAAUUUUAUGGUAUGGCACAUGGACAAGGACGCCAUUGAACUGCACGAGAACUGUUUGCCCCUGCCGAAGGAAUAUUUUAAGUACGAAUGGAUUGGGUUGGCCAGCAAGAGAAUUUAA